GAUGGCUGUGCGCUCGCUGCGUCCACUGUUGGCAGCCUUGCUGGUUGUCAUGGCGACGGCAGGUGUUCCGAAACAAGGCAGGCGGAGCCCAUUGGACGGGGCGAGAAUCGUGAACGGGGCGCCCGCAUUCCUCGGGCAGUUGCCGCACCAGGCGCUCGUCCUGGGGGACGGAGUGGUGCUGUGUGGCGGCUCGCUCGUCUCCGAGCACUCGGUCCUCACCGCCGCACACUGCACCGUGAACUUCAAAAAGUACCAUAUACGCCUGGGAGCCAUCCACAUGAUGGAGCACGAUGAUACCAUGUGGACCACCGAAGCCAUCUGGGCCAGGGCACAUCCAGAAUUCAACGCGUUUGGGAAAUCAGUCAAUGAUGUGGCUGUUAUCUUCCUGCCUGAGGAUGCUCCUUUGAGCAGUUACAUCAGUCUGGUGGAGUUACCUUCUUUUUCUGACCUACACAACACCUUCGAGGGACAACGAGCUCUGGUCAGCGGCUGGGGUCUGGAUGCCGACUGUAAGUCCACCGACAAAUUCACUUUGCUACACCUGUGA